UGCCGCGAAGCACACCGCACCACACCCACACACGCACACCUCUCGCUCGGCUCUUUGGCUCUAGCUAGCUCUGCUAUCGAGCAGUAACUUCGCGGCAGCAGCGGCGCCGGCAGCGAGGGCGAGAGCUCGGCUGCAGUUGGGCCACCGGCGAGGGAGCUGCCAUCGUCAUGCAAGGGGACCAGGCGGAGAAGAAGGGGAAGGUGAAGAAGGGGUGGCUGGCGGUGCGGGUCGGCCAGGCGGAGCAGCAAGGCGACGGGUUCCGACGGUUCGUCAUCCCCAUCGCCUACCUCUACCACCCGCUCUUCCAGAGCCUGCUGGAGGCGGCCCGGGACACGUAUGGCUACAACUCGGCCGGCCCGCUCCGGCUGCCCUGCUCCGUCGAUGAGUUCCUCCGCCUGCGCGCGCUCGUCGACCGGGAGACGGCGCACUCAUCCUCGCACCGCGUGCACGUGCACGCCGGCGGCCACCAGCAGCACGGCUACUCCUUCGCCCCGUGCACCCGCGCCAGACUCACCUCCUGAUCGAUCAUCCAUCUUCGAGCUCCGGCCGGCCGGCUAUCGUCUGCUGAGCACCGGUGUCCAUCUGCCUGCCGGAGACGACACACAUGUACACGUACGUACGUACAUAGCGAAGGGGAGAGUCGGAGAGAUUCCAGAUACGGAGACGCAUCACGCAUGAGAGGCAGCAGUAGGUGAUUAGUCAGUUACCGGCGAGAGCUGGUAUAGCACAGGCCAAAGAUUGGAUUGGCCCUUUUUGUGUUGAUUGGUAUCAGCUGGUCGUCUGAUGAAACCAGUAGGCUUUUAGAAUUUAUUUUUCUAUAGGAUUAACAUGAUUUAUGCUAACUAGUGAGCUAACAAGCCUGGCGUGCUUGUCAGAUGUUUAAGCUAUAUGUGUUGGGAUCCAGAUGUUUUGGUCAGAGACAGGUGCUUUCCGCUUGC